UCAACAGAGGGCUUAGGGUUUGCUGUUGAAAAAUAAACCCUUUUCUGAAUCAUGUGAAAAAUUCAAACUUAAUGAAGUGAUAAUGAUUCUCCAGUCCUCUUAUAUGAGCUUUUAGUGUGCAAUUAAGGAAAAGAAGAAUAAAAAGAAGGAGCGAAGCAAAGGAGGAAGAAAAAUUACUGCAUCAAUGAUCGAGGGAACGAUAUGUCUUCAGUGUGGCGACAAAGGAUUUGAGAAUGCAUUGGUCCACUGCGUCAGAUGUCUGAAAUUUGCCGUGCAUCGCUACUGCCUUGAUAAUAUACCAGACACUUUUGAUGAAUUCGUAUGUUGGUUUUGUGAUGACUGUAAAGUAAAAGUGGGAAAUCAAUCCGCUGUCUUCGAGCGUGAUGCCAUCCCAUGCCAGACAAGACAUCAUAAAGUUUCAAAAAAUAUUAAAAGAUCUUCUAGAGAUGAAAAGGAGAAAAAUAGUCGGGUGAUAGAUGAAAACGAGCAUGUUCGUAAGGAUGAAUUGGAUGGAAAACAUGACGCAAAUGCUACCCUUUUACUAGGAGGUGCAAGUGAAAAUGUUGAAGGAAAUUUAGAAUGUAGAAUUGCUACAACAUCUUAUGAUGAAUGUGUGAAAGUAGGCACCGAUGAGUGCACAAAUUCGGCGAGUGAUUCGACAAUACCUUGUAUAGUGAAAGAAAAUGGAUGCUCUGAGCAGAAAGAUCAAGAGGAAAAGAUGAUCGAGAGUAAGAAGAAGAGGAAGAGACCGAGAAAGAAAAACAUUAUGGAAUUAAUGACCGAGAAAGACCAACAUAGACUUGGUAACACACCUUAUGAUGAAUGUGUGAAAGAAAAUGGAUGUUCUGAGCAAAAAGAUCAAGAGAAAGAGAAAAAAAAGAUUAAGUACAAGAAAACGAAGGUGAGACAGAGACAGAGAAAGAGAACACAAGCCAUGGCUGAGAAAGAGCAACAUAGACUUGCUACAACAACUUACAAUGAACAUACGAAGGUAGACAUCAAUGAGGGCGGCAUAAGACAGGGGAAUGAUUCAACAUUACCACCGAAGGUGAAAGUAAAUGAAGGCUGUGAGCAGAGAGGUCAGACAUGCAUAACUAAAACUUUUGAAUCAAAUACUGAUCUUGGCAUCGUAGGUGCCGAUGCAGAUCAUCUCAUCUUUGCAGGUGAUGAUCAAGAGAAAAAAAAGAUCAAGAACAGGAAAACGAAGGUGAGACAGAGACAGAGAACACAAAAUAAAAUGGGAUCCACCAUUGCCAAAGUCCAACAUAGACUUCAUACAACAACUUACGAUGAACAUAUAAAGGUAGACAUCAAUGAGGGCAUUGGACCGGGGAUUGAUUCAACAUUACCCUCGAGCAUGAAAGAAAAUGAAAGCUGUGAGCAGAAAGAUCAGACUAAACCUUUCAAGUCAAUUACUGAUCAUCCUGUCAUUUUAAGUGAUGGGGCUUCAAAGAGUUUAAGUGAAAAGAAGAAAGUGCUUCGAACCGGUUUUGCUCAACCUCUUCAUGCAAAGGAGCUUGCUGACUUGAGCCCUGAAGAAAAGGAUUUAGGUUCAAGCGAUGGCCGUAUUAAAAGCAGAGGACCAGAGGACAAAGUGGAGCAGAUUUCUACAAGUCAACAGAGCAAAGACAAAUAUGUAGAUUACUCAGUUGCUCAACCAAUCGCCAUGCCAGUUUGGAGGGGAAGUUUCAACGUUCGGAAUUCUAAGCAUGACAGUAUUGAUGAGCUUGUUGCUCACAUUUCGAACAAAGCAUGCCAUAUGGUAUAUGCAGAAGCCUCUCAAUUUCAGCCAAUCCUCCAUCUUGAAAUGCUUCCAAAAUCCGACAUAUGGCCAAAAAGUUUUCAGACAUCAGAACCAAAUAGCGAUAGCAUCGCACUCUAUUUCUUUCCAUCCAAGAUACGCAACCAAGUGUUUGCGCAAUUGGUUCAGGAAAUGAUUCAUAAAGAACUUGCUUUUAAAGGGCUUGUGCAGAAUGCGGAGCUAUUGAUUUUUACUUCGACAGAAUUGCCUCUGCGCUACUGGAGAUUUCAAAACAAAUAUUAUCUGUGGGGUGUAUUUAGAGAAAAACCAGCUGCCCCAUCGAAUCAUCCUUCAUGUAUAGGAUAAGUUGCUUAGCUUCCCUGGACAAGAAAAAAAUGUGAUGACCGGAGCCCUACCCAGUCCACAGAUUGAUUCUUCUACUAGUGAUUUAGGUGCAUCCUAGGCUUGUAUGUCAAGUGCUGGCCAUGAAAAUCGUACGUGGCUGUUUUUCCGAAGGUGAGAAACUGAAGCAUUUGAUGACUGAUUUUCCCAUGGUUUUUGUCUU